CUCAGCUUACAUGAGCGUGAAGAACAAAGAACUCGGUUUGACGUUGUUCUCUUUCUUUUUGUUCUCUCUGCAGGGACAAAGCGCAGAGGAGACAAAAGGAAACAUGGAGGCAACUAACUGGUUCCCACAAAUCUUUUCUCAUUUACCGCCAUCAUCGUACCUCUACCUCGAGACUACCACCAAGCAUGCCACGCUCCUCACACGCGCCAAGUGCACAUCCCCCCAUAAGUUACCCUCGUGCAUACGAUGCCUCUGCUAUAUCCUUCUCCUCUGCCAAUACGUCCACCACAACACGUCCAAGGAAAUCCUCCCUUACACUCUCAAAUCCAAUGGGCUGGCUUUCCCGCAAUUCGACCCAAUCCUCUUUGUCCUCUUCUAUCAGGACCAAACGGGCCUCAGGUUCUAAGUCUCCUAGAUCUAUAGAGCUCGUAUCGGAGCGUGUAGGUCCUCUUGGUCUCGGUGCCACCGUUGUACGCACCCCAGAAGAGGCCUUGCAGGAUUCGCGUGUAUGCCUUACUAGAUAUAACGAACGGAAACCCUCUCUAGUUGAAAUGGGACACAAACCAACAACACCACCCAUGUACCAGAAUCCUUCCCCGAUAUCUGUUACAGUCUCUCUUCCACUGAACAGUCCACCAAUGUCACUCACAUCCGAUGAAUACGAAUCAGGUGCGGAUGUGGAUGCUCAGGACUCUGAAGACCACAUCGAAUGUGAAGAGGAUGAAUUUCACCCCAUCGACGGAGAGACAGAUCUUUCGCCACCGGUUCCUUUUGAAUGUCCUCGUUCUUCCUUGAAAGCCACGCGGCGCUCCAGUACGGAGGACUUGUCUCAAGUUCCUCCUCUACCUAACAAUAUUGGGCCAUAUUCCGCACCACCAGAGUUCCGACCAAUCUUGUUGUCAGAAGUUCCCUCAGGGCCCGCAGAUUUCUCCAAAAGCAUGAUAACGUUGGAGACAUGUACUCAAACGUAUCGCACGACAAUGGACACGUUGACUUCACGGCCUUCGCAACUCUCUGCCUAUCUAAUUUCACUGUUACCUCCUCGACAGCGAGCAUAUUCCAAUGCUUCCUCUGUUUAUUCAACAUCUAGCGAAGAUAUGUCGGCUUACCGGCAUCAUCUCGCGUCUCAAGGGUUGAUUUCCCGUACGACUUCCAACAUUCAUAUCUUUCUCGACCGACCUAGCGCACCGUACACACAUAUUCUCAACUACCUCCGCUCUUCCACCCCACCAACUGGAGUUUCUGAAAUUCUGCCCCGCGCUGCGCAACUGCAAUCCUACAGUCAAUCCCGGUUGGAUGCUCUUCUCGAACUACGCGACGAAGCAGCCUACCUCAGACUUGACGGGUUAUUAAAGCUUUGUAACGACGAAGUAAAUCAGCGGCAGCACAUCUCGUCUCCUCGAUUACACACCCGUAUUCAGUCGCGUACUCUCCGCAGCUCUCCUGACAACGGUCGUUUCUCCGCACAAAGCCAACCGGCGUCGGUGCAUGCCCUCUCACUGGAACAGAACAGUGACGCGGGGAGUCAACCGUCUAACGUUUCCAUUUUAUCACCCAAAUCCCAUAGUAACCUAUCCCCAGGGCAGAUCUUCGAGGUUGAGGCCAAGGACACAGGAAGAGUGAGAAUAUGUUCACCACCUACUCCUCAAUCCUGGUCUGGAGAUGGACGGUCUAGUGGUGCCAGUGGCGCAAGCUCGACGAGAAGGAGAAGCAGAAACAGGGUUUUUAACGAUCCUCCAGCGGGCUGGAUAUAG